UUUCCCUUUCACUUCUAACUUUCCAACAAAAUCAAUCAAUCUAUCUAUCUCUGCGUUUUCAAAGAAUGAAGCAAUCAAAGGAUCCAUUCGAAUCACCACCGGAAUCCCCAAUUCAAACCGAUUCAGAUACAGAGGACCCAAGUUCCAAUUCCUUGAUUUCCCAACUAAGUAACACGAGGACUACCAUAAUCACUAAGAAUAAUAAAGAUGAACAAGAAGAAGAAAAAGAUGAUAUGGACAUUUAUUUCGCCAUGUUUCCUGCUGAUGUUCCUCCCAAAAUUGCUAAGAUGCAUUCUAUUGUUUCACAAUUCACUGAUCAACAAAUGAGAAGAUAUGAGUCCUUUCGUAGGGCUAAAUUCACGAAAGCUCAAAUGACUCGGUUAGUAGCAAGUAUAAAUGGGACCAAUACAGUCCCUGAGCUAAUUUCACUUGCAGUAUCAGUGAUUACAAAAAUGUUUGUGGGUGAAGUUGUGGAAACAGCUAGAAUAAUUAUGGAAGAGAGGAGGGAAUCUGGGCCAAUCCGGCCAAGUCAUUUGAGAGAAGCACAUAGACGACUAAAGCUUGAAGGAAAAGCCUUUAAGAGAACAGUCCCGAGGAGGCUCUUUCGGUAAUGGUCCGAAUUAUGAUUUUAUUUGGAUCAUAUCAUUGAUUUGCAACAGUCACUUGCAGGCAGGAAAAGUCUUUGAUCCCGGUGUCCGGCUUAUCCAAUUACUUGGAAUGAGUUACUCGAUGUUGGUUGGUAAAACGAGAAAGUUUCUCCAUUCUUAUAAAUAUAAAAUGUGAAAGUACUUCAGAAAAUCUUUUCUUUCUAUAGUAGUGUCAAAUAUCAAUAUCCAAUUCCUCCAUCAACUUGUAAUCCUAGCAAGUUCUUACAAACAGAAAAUUCGAGCAUACACUGACAUAUUUUAG